AAAUGAUUUUAUUUAAAAUCUUUGUAAUAUUUUUAAUCAUUUUUGUUGUUGGUGGUGAAGGACGUGUGACUGGAUCAGCGUGUCAUGGAGGGGGGCGUGGUGGGAGACGAGGACGAACAACCACGACCACGACGACGACAUCGACAUCAACAGCAUCAACCACAACAACACGAUCAGGUUCCAAUUUUGGAGAAAAUGUCAUAGACGCAAGAGUUGGCUCACCAACACAGCCUCCAGCAGCUUCAUUAAGAUUUUCUGGAUAAGUUUUGAUGUUCCUGGUUACUGUUUUUUUUAUUUUUAUUUUAAAUUAAAAUGUCAACCUGAAAGCACUUGUCGUGAUCUAAAAAGCC